GUGUACCACGUAAAGACUUUCCAAACCAAUCCACUGGCACUAGUGAUUCACAUAGAAUCUCUCUCUCUCUAGAUUUUGUUCUUCGACGUUGUAACCCGGCUGCUCAAUGGAUGAUGAAUCAGACUCCUUCGAAUUCUCCUCCGACUCUGAAUCUUCCAGCGAUAGCAACGAAUCUGAUGAAUCGGCAUUAUCAUCCGACGAAACGGAGAGAAGAGUAGCAAGAACAAAUCAACUUCCUUAUAUUAGUACCGUGAGGGAUGAAUUUGGGUACAGUCAGGAUUACUUUGAGUUUCUUGACCUGGUGAGAGACGAAUUUGGAUACAACAGUCAAGAAUAUUUUGAGUUUUAUCAACUGAUACAAAAUCACGUAGAACAAAGGAUUGAUAUCAUGCAAGUCAUAUCAAGGGUCAAGGUGUUAUUCAGCGAGCAUCAGGAACUUCUUGUUGCUUUUAACACCUUCUUACCAAUAGGAUAUCACAUCUUGGUCCGGCAGAAUACAUCAGAUCCAGAGUCUUUUAUUGAAGCAGCACUCAACUUUGUUAACAAAGUUAAGACACGAACCCUACCCGACAGAAGACGCUAUUACUCCUUUUUGAAUAUUAUUAAAGGAUUCCGCACUAACUUCAUAGAGGCGUACCAAGAGAUUUGCGCUUUUUUCCAUGAUAUGCCAGAUUUGCUCGAUGAGUUCCAUUACUUCUUUCCUGAUUGAAACAAAUCAUUGACUGACAUGGCAACACAAAGCAGAACAAAAUAUCCAGAACAUAGAAAGGGGUUCCAUGCUUUUGAACUUGGCUCCACUUUUCCUUUCAUUACAUCUCCUCAUGGCUUUUGGAAUGAGAAUCAGGUCCCAACUUUAUUCAACCGAUAACUGAAUUUUCUUUUAGGUGAGAAGCUUUCUAAAAUAGAUAACAGUGGAUUUGCAUAGUUCACAUUGGUCUUACAGUAGACAUUUGAAGCUCUUAUAAUUCACAUUGGUCUUCCUUUUGGUGUAUCAAACUUCUGUGUACAUUUAGGUGAGUAGCUUAAUAAAAUAACUGAAAUUGGAAUGCGACAGUAGCGCCAAUUUUUGUGUAGGUAGGAUUUGAUAUUCUUCUGAUUGAUAUGCUGCUUGC